AUGGUUAACGACGCGAAAUGCACUUUUGGCACCAGGAUGCCGAUCGACAUUCACAUGCUAAACGAGAUUAUUUAUCGAGAAGUGAAACACUUUAGAAAUUACAAAAUUUACAGACCCAAUUUUGGAUCGAUUCCUGUUACGACGAAAUUUUAUGCUGCGCAUGAUCAGAUAAAAGCGGAGUCCAAGGAGUACACCGACAAAGUUAAUAAUUAUCAUCACAACGUCGCCCAGACGAGGUCUAAAGGGCCUCGCAGCAAGUAUCCAGCACCAGCAACGACGAGCCAAGUUUACGGCUGGUAUAAUACACCAUUGGUGAAGAUGGACAGGAAUGACCGCCGCUUUUACAACCCCAAGAAGGAAAGCUCCCACACGAAAAUCGAAAUUAUUAUCCUCAUGUCAAAUCCUAAAAGCAAACCUUAA